AUGGAAGUAGAGAACAUACUUCACAUGAAGAAAGGAGAUGGGCAAAAUAGUUAUGCAAACAAUUCUUUACUUCAGAAAAGCGUGGUAACAAAGGCAAAACCAGUACUACAAGAAAGCAUAAGAGAAAUGUACCAUGCCUUAAAGCCAGACUGCCUUAUGAUAGCAGACUUUGGGUGUUCUUCAGGGCCUAAUUCUUUGCUGGUAGUCUCAGAAAUCAUUGAUAUAAUCGACAACGAACGACAACGAAUGAAUGAGAAAUCACCAAAAUACAGUGUGUUUAUGAAUGAUCUUCCCGGGAAUGAUUUUAAUGCCAUAUUUAAGAUGCUCCCAAGCUUUUACCAGGGCUUAAAACAAGAUAAAGGAAGUGAUUUUGGAGCAUGCUUUAUAUCAGGAACACCUAAGUCUUUCUAUGGAAGAGUAUUUCCUGAUCAUUUCCUGCACAUUGUCCAUUCUUCUUAUAGUGUUCAUUGGCUUUCUCAGGUACCAAAAGGAUUGGAAAGCAAAAGUGAAGAAGCAUUGAACAAAGGGAAUAUAUACAUAGGAAACACAAGUCCUCAAGAAAUAUCAAAGGCAUAUUAUGCACAAUUUAAGAGAGAUUUCGUACUCUUCUUAAGGUCAAGGGCACAAGAGAUGGUGCAUGAUGGAUGUAUGGUCUUAACUUUGCAGGGUAGAUUCCAGAGCAAUGACCCUGGCUCCUUGUGGGACCUGCUUGGGUCUACACUCAAUGAUAUGGUUUUAGAGGGUAUAAUUGAAGAGGAAAAACUAGAUAAAUUCAAUAUGCCAUUUUAUGCACCCACAAUUCAGGAGGUGAGUAAAUUGGUGGGGGCAGAAGGAUCAUUUUAUCUUAAUAAACUCAAAAGUUUUACAGUUGAUUGGAGUGUGGACAGUAGUCAAAACCUGGAAAAUCGAGCCAACUUCGUGGCAAAGUCUAUCAGAGCUGUUACAGAAUCUCUCCUAGACACAACAUUUGGUGCGGCAAUCAUGGAUGAUUUAUUUUACAGGUUCAAAAUCAAGGUUAAGAAACAUUUGUCUUGCAAAGAAAGCCAAUACUUGAAUAUUGUUGUCUCAUUGAUUAAGACACGAGCAAAUUUAUACUGA